AUGGAUGGCGAGCCUCCAAUGAGCGAUGAUCUUCUAAAGGAGAAGCUUCGUCUAAUUGAGGAGAGUCGUGUCCCUGAGACACCAGCGCCACCGCGUCGUAAACUGGCUUAUAUUCGCGAAAUCUCCGGCAUCAGCCAUAUCUGCAGCUCCUCAGAGAAGGUUGUCGCCACUGUUGAUGGCUGGAAGGUUGCUGUUGACCCUAGAAUGUUCAAUAAGGGCGACCUGGCUCUUUUCAUUGAGAUUGAUGCAUUCCUUCCUGCUGCCGACAAGCGCUUCAAGUCUUUGGGUGCUCUCCAGAUCUACAAUGAGAUACCAGGAUAUCGUGUGCAGACACGAGUCUUUGGCAGCGGCAAAAACAAGGUCCUCUCUCAGGGGAUUCUGCUUCCACUCGCAGACUUCCCGGAGGUGAACGACACUAUUCAGAUCCUUCGAGAUGGCCUUUCUUGGCUCAAGUCCAAGGAGGUCAUCAAGAAGCUCAUUCUCAUGUUCCACGAGGGCAUGGACUUUUCCGAGCUUCUAAAGAUCACCAAGUGGGUAGAGCCCGAGGAGAAGACGGUCAGCCAGCUCGGCCACUUCCCCACGCUCAUCCACAAGACGAACCACGAGCGCGUGCAGAAGUGCCCCAACCUCUUCACCAAGGCCAAGUACAAGCACCGCGUGUACCAGGAGAGCGUCAAGAUGGACGGCACCUCGAUGACCGUCUACUUCGUCAACAACGGCAACGAGGCCGCCUACCGCUCGCUGCACCGCAUGCACCCGGACUGCGUGGGCGCGCACAUGAUCUGGCCCAACGGCCGCUUCGGCGUCUGCUCGCACCACCACGACCUCAACGAGCUCGGCGACUCCAUGUACUGGGCGGCCGCCCGCGCCGCCGGCCUGCCCGCCAAGCUGGCGCGCCUGGGCCGCAGCGUCGCCGUCCAGGGCGAGCUGUGCGGCGACGGCAUCCACCGCAACCGCGAGGGCCUGCCGCCGGGCGCCCGGGAGUUCUUCGUCUUCGCCAUCUGGGACAUCGACCGCCAGGCGUACCUGCACCCGCGCGAGACGGAGCGCCGCGCCGGGGAGCUGGGGCUCAAGCACGUGCCCGUGCUGGGGUACGUCAGGAUCCGCGACAUUGCGAGCUCGCAGGACGACCUGCUGCAGCGGGCGGCGCGGCGCGACGGCGAGGGCCUGGUGUUCAAGUGUGUGCAGGAUGGGCGGUGGUUCAAGGUCAUCUCGAACACGUAUCUGCUGGAGAAUAACCUUUGA